AUGGGAGCUUGUUGUUCCAAGGAAGCGUUGUAUGGAGGAGGGUACAUAGAGGAUGAUCGUACGAACAAUCGGCAUUUUAACGAAUCUGAGGGUAAUGAUGAGGAGGACAAUGUAAGGCACGGGGACAACGGGGCCCGCAUACGGUUGCAAGGGUGUUCUAGGUUCACAUCAAUGUACACCCAGCAAGGAAGAAAGGGAUCAAUCAAGAUGCCAUGA